CUUGGAAGACAUACUUCAGCCCAUCAUCCCUGUGCGGUUCCUCCGAGAACUUGAAGACUGGUCGAUCUCUAGCCAUUCUCGAGAAAUGACACCCAUCUGGCAAGAUAUCACCGCAGCAUACUGCGGUCUAUUCUAUUUUGCGGUGUCGCAGUACGCUUAAUGGAUGGACGUAGAUCACGCGGCGCGAAUAAGGCUUCAACGUCGGCUAUGUGUUCAUCGUUAGGUGACUGCUCAUUAUCAACCGGUAAACGGAAGAAAAUGAACGGUUCGACGUGUGAUCCGGCCUAUGAUUUCUUUGCCGGUAUCGAUCUUAUAAAGUAUCUUCGAUUUCACCUGAAGCAAACCGAUACGGAACAGAAAAAUGCACUGCUUUUCGAAAUAUUGAAUGUCUGUGAUUCAUCAAAUUUGGAAUACGCAACUUCGUUGUUGGAAGAAAUGCGCAGCAAUGUAAGCACUGAAGAGGUCGACUUGUUUAGUUCACUCCCGCUGCCAAUUGCUUUAAAGAUUUUUCGUCUUUUGGACCCAAAGUCACUUUGCAAAUGCAUGUUGGUAUGUACUGCUUGGAGAAAUUUAUGUAUGGCACCAUGCUUAUGGAAAAGACUGUGCACACUUCAGCGCAUGUUUCGACUGUGCUCAGCAGAAACUGAAAAUGAACAGCUAAAGAAGCACACAACACACGAUGGUGUAGUACUGUGGAAGGAAGCAUUUAGUGAGCGUUAUCGUUUAUGGAGGAACUGGCAUGCAGGUCGCUGUGUUAUCCGCACAUUUGAGGGCCACACUCAAGGUAUAUCUUGCGUUCAGUUCGACGGUGACCGCAUUGUGUCCGGAAGCAGCGAUAAUACAAUUCGUGUUUGGGAUAUAAAGAGUUCUACUAUGCCAGGUUUAGGUACCAUGACACUGACGGGCCAUUCUGAUACUGUUCGUUGUUUGCACUUAAGCGGUAAUCGACUGGCUUCUGGCUCCAAUGAUUUAACAAUCAAGGUUUGGGGUCUUGCUGUAAAUCGGACGUGGUCUUCUAUUGCUUGUCGCCAAACAAUGAUCGGGCAUACGAACUUCGUACGAUGUUUGCAGAUGGAGAAGGAACGAUUGAUCAGCGGUUCGUAUGACCAUACUUUAAAAAUAUGGUCUACCGAAACAGGGCAAUGUACGAAGACUUUAAUGGGACAUAAUGGAGCAGUGAUCUGCAUGCAAUCCGACGGACACUUGCUUGUAUCGGGAUCGGCUGAUCUAUCGAUGAAAUGCUGGGAUGAGCGAAUGGAUAUCUGUGCGAUGACUUUGCAUAACGCGCACGACAAUGCAGUUACAUGUCUUCGAUUCGAUAAUGAGAGAAUUGUGUCGGGAUCUGUCGAUCGAACAAUUAAGAUGUGGGAUCUACGAACUGGGAAAUGUGUGCAAACAUUGGAUUGGAAAUUAAGUGAAGGUCAUACAGGUGUAGUUCGAUGCCUUCAGGUCGAUUCAUGGAGAAUUGUCUCAGCAGCAGAUGACCGUACUAUCAAAGUGUGGAAUUUACAUACGGGUGAAAGAUUAUGUACUCUUCAUAGCCAUACCGACGGUGUUACAUGUGUACAAUUCAGUGAUCAACAAAUUGUAUCGGGGUCUUAUGACAUGACCGUCAAAUUAUGGGAUUUUGGUGUCUUUUGAAGACCUAUGAUUCUUUCUUUGAAAAACUUCACUUGGCGUGUACACAUCAUUGUUAUUUCUAUGAUAUUUUCAAUUAUGCAUUGACGUUCUUUGACUGAAUAUACGUACGUUACCAAAGAUAGAGAUUAAUUAACUACUGCCAAAUUUAAUGACGGGGUGGUUUGAUGCAU